AUGUAAGUUUGUCAUUUGUCAGAUUAUAAGCUACUCGAAGUCGUGAAUACGAUAAGUAAAUAUACUGAUGUGGCCAAAACGACUGUGACUUCUAGAAGAUUUUCGCAAUUUCCCAGUUAUAAUGUCGUGAUAUAACAAUUUGCAACGGAUCAGAGCGAAAUGGCGUAUCAGAAUUUGCGAAAUGAGUAUUUGAAUAUGCCCCCCGUGACCAGGGCAUACACCACUGCAUGUGUUAUCACAACUUUAGCAGUUCAAUUGGAGCUAGCCUCCCCGUUCCAGUUGUAUUUCAACCCGAUUCUGAUCAUAAAACAAGGUCAAGUAUGGAGGCUAGUGACGACAUUCCUGUUCUUUGGGACGUUUGGCUUCAAUUUUUUCUUCAACAUGAUAUUUACCUACAGAUAUUGUCGAAUGCUGGAAGAAGGGUCGUUUAGAAAUAGGACCGCCGAUUUUGUACUGAUGUUUAUGUUUGGUGCAGUGUGCAUGAUUGCUUUCGCAUUCUUUGUAAAUCUAAUAUUUUUAGGUCAAGCCUUUACUAUAAUGUUAGUGUAUGUGUGGUCGAGAAGAAAUCCCUACGUCAGGAUGAAUUUCUUUGGACUUUUAAACUUCCAAGCGCCUUACCUACCUUGGAUUUUGCUGGCAUUCUCAGUCCUGCUGGGUAACGCAGUCUAUGUGGAUUUGAUGGGGAUCGCAGUGGGGCAUAUCUACUACUUCUUAGAAGACGUCUUUCCGAACCAAAGAGGAGGUUUUAAGAUAUUAAAAACACCGUCAUUACUAAAGACGUUGGUUGAUCCCGCUCCCGAUGACGCAGAUUACCAAAGGUUACCAGAAGAACGUCCGGGCGGAUUCGAGUGGGGGAACCAGGAGAACGGGGAGGACAAUCAGGCGGAGGGAGACGCCGACUACCAGGAACAGCAGCAGCCGGACGCCAACGAUCGGCAAUGAUAAUUUUCGUACCAGUCAGUAUCGAUGCGUUUCAUAAAUGCGGGUGGACAAUUUUAAUACUGGCGUAGAUGUAUAUUAUUAAGUGGAAAAGUUCUUUUUGUUCAUUCUUGUAAUUGUGGAAUAUUUAUAUACUGAAAUACAAAGGAAGGUUCCCAUUUAUUUUGUGAUAUAGUCUGCAGGUGUACGACUUAGUUUUUUUUUUGUUUUCUUUUCUAUAUUAUAUUGUAUGAUUUGUAUGGGAAAUAUUUAAUAAAAUUUCAUUAUAAAAAUUGA